AUGGAUUCAAGCCUUUCGCUGCCGGGGCAGAUGGCUGGCGGAGUGAUGGCGGCCUUCAGGGUACCCGCUUCCCUUUGGCUCUGCCGAGCGGCGUGCCGGCGCGUAGGGCUUUUGGGGGUCGGACCCCCGGCCCAACCCCGGCUCCCGCUCCCGGUCUCGCCGGGGGCCUGUGGGACUGGGCCGUCUUGUCGCCGGGUGGGCUCCGAGGCUAACUCGUGUUGCUCAGAGACAAAGAAGCCAGAAUUCACAGAUGAGGAAGUUCAAAAUAUACUUGCCAAAAUGACUGGUUUGGAUUUACAGAAGGUUUUUAAACCAAUUAAGCAACAACUUAAGCCACCAACAUACAAGCUAAUGACAGAAGCACAACUGGAAGAGGCCACAAGAAAUGCUGUUGAGGCAGCUAAAGAACGGUUAAAAAUGCCUCCUGUGCUGAAAGAACGAGAGCCAAUAAAUGAUGUGUUAGCGGACGAUAAAAUUCUUGAAGGAACUGAGACUGCCAAAUACGUGUUUACUGAUUUAACAUUGAGUACUCCGCAUCGUGAGCGUUUCAUUGUUGUCAGGGAACCAAAUGGUAUUCUACGCAAAGCUUCCUGGGAAGAACGAGACAGAAUGAUACAGAUCUUUUUCCCAAAAGAAGGUCGUAAGAUUUUUCCACCACUAAUGUUCCAGGAAGAAAAUCUUCUGGCUUUGUUCAGGCAGCAUCGCCAUGAAGAUAUCCUCAAUCUCUGUGUUGCGCAGUUUGAGCCAGAUUCAGCUGAUUAUAUUAAAGUUCAUCACCAGACAUAUGAAGAUAUAGAAAAGCAUGGUAAAUACGACCUUUUGCGUUCUACGAGGCACUUUGGUGGAAUGGUGUGGUAUCUGGUAAAUAAGAAAAAGAUUGAUGGUUUGCUGAUUGACCAGAUUCAGAGAGAUUUAAUGGAUGAUGCCACAAGUUUGGUCAUUCUGUAUCACAUGCUCCAUCCACAUGGACACUCAGCUAAGCAGGCGAAAGAACAAGGAGCUGAGGGAUUAGACUUAAUUAAGGUCUUUGCAAAAACAGAAGCACAGAAGGGAGGAUAUAUAGAGUUGACUUUACAGGCUUACCAAGAAGCAUUAAAUAGCCAUUCUGCAGCUUCCUGAAGAGAGUACUUAAAUAAAUUAUCUUUUUAUUAAAUAUUGUCAA